UGUCAUCGCUGGCUUCACAGGCGCUGCUUUGCGCGCUUGUAUUUUAUUUCCUGUUUUGCAGCAAGCAACAAAUUCUCAACAAACAGAACUAAAGGUCAUAAAAAGUGAGUUUACUUUACUUACUUAAAUAUGAUCUAAAGUUAAACCUGCAUUUGAAUGGACGCGAGCUCAAAACCCUCCGCGCGACGAAAGAAGGAGGGUGUGACAGCGUCUCUCAGAGGUCGACUGAUGUCUGACAGCGCGUCUCUUCCGUCUUACACUGAGUAUCCCUCGGGACGUCCCUUCAUAAACACACACCUGCCCUUCACUAACAGAGUCGUCAAAGCCUUUCCUGAGAGCAGCGGAGCAGCCAUUCUUUCAGCGCUGAAGAACCUGCAGGAGAAGAUUCGUCUUCUGGAGCUGGAGCGAUGUGAUGCUCAGCAGAAGCUCCAGAACGUCUCCAGAGAGUCCACACACUCGGACCACACACACACACACGCAAACCACGAUCUGCUCUCUCAGCUGUCUGCGGCCGAGGCUCAGUGCUCACGCUUGGAGAGACAUUUGGAGCACAUGAGGAAGACCGUGAGAAACACCGAAUCAGACAGAAGCGCUGUGCUGCGACGACAGGUGUCUCUGGAGCAUCUGGGAUCAGCGGAUCGGACUGAUGUUCAGCUGAAGCUGCAGAAGCUGGAUCUGCUGGAGCAGGAGUAUCACCGGCUGACAGAGACUCAGAGCUCCACUGAGAGGAAGAUCAGACAGCUGGAGAGGAAACUACAGGAAGAGGAACAUCAGAGGAAACUGGUGCAGGAGAAAGCAGCUCAGUUGCAGACGGGUCUAGAAGCCAAUCGUCUGCUCAUCCAGUCUGUCUCUCCACGUCCACAUAAAUCCAGCAGAAUCAAACCGAAGAAAGUCUCAACAAAGAAACAUCCAUCGCAGCCGCAGCCGCAUUACAGACUCAGUCUGGGAGACGUGCCGUUUGUGACCGGGACGUCGACAGGCUCGAGUCACUCCGUACGAGCAAACGUCCAGCACGUCCUUCAUCUCAUGACGCAGCAUCAUCCUCAGCUGUGUAACGAGCGGGUGCUAGGACACGCCCCCUCCGCCAGUCACAGCACUAGCUCCUCCUCUUCCUCUUCCUGUGGGGAGGAGCUGUCGGAGCUGCUGCUGACGCUGCAGGACGAGUUUGGACAGAUGAGCUUCGAGCAGCAGGAAUUGGCCAGACAGAUCCAGUCGUGUGGUUCGGAUCGCUUGCGGCAGGAUUUGGAGCGUGAGAUGGAGUCGCUGGUGAAGAGGAUGGAGAAUAAAGGAGAACAGAUCGCUAAAGUCAGACGACAUCAAGCUCGGAUGGAGAAGUCGAGGAGACGGUGUGGUGGUCAGAAGAGCACAGGAGGAAGAGGAAGUCACGUGAAGGUCAAAGAGAGACCAGGUGAGCGCAGCAGAGACUCUCUGCGUCUGCUGAAGGACAUGCGCUCGCUGCAGACCUCUCUGUGCAGCUGGGAACACUGACAACAUGUGACUGGCUCAGGGUCAAAGGGCAGACCAAAAUAUAUUUAUAUAUGUGCGUGGGUUUUUUUUUUGUUUUUUUUUUGGAAA